AGGACCGACUUAUGGCUUAGUAAAAUAAAACAAGGACCAACCCAAAUCCAAGACAGAAAGUGCGAAGUCAUCUUUUAUUCUGUAACUCAUUGUUAUGGUGUCUCGUGGGUUUGUGUAACGUUAGAUCACGAACCGUCACGAGUAUCGUCGGUACUUCCGCGUUCACAGCCGCUUCUGAAGAACACCGGGUCCUGCGCGCGUCUCACCAUGAUCCCCAAAUCAAACCUCUGCUGUUUUAUUCUCUCUUCUGUGUUUAUGUGCUUUUCCGCGCAAUAUGUCCCACCGUUCACAGAAGAGUGCAGAAGUGGCAUGUAUCCUCCAAACGGCCCAACAUUUAAAGGUGAUGUGUCCUGGUACACGGUUAAUCUGGAUUUACCACCAAGCAAAAGAUGGACAGAUGUCAUUACAGACAAAAAGAACGAUAUGGUGAGCAUGAUUCAGGCCAUCAGAGAUCUAGCAGACGCCUUUGUUCCCAGUGGAAAGCUCAUCGAUCUCGUAGAUAAGGAUUUGCCCUUGAUGGUGGACACCCUGCCUUACCCGUUCAAUGAGGAGAUCAGAGGAAUCGCGUCAGUGUCUGGUGUUUCUUUAGGUGAGGUGGUGCUCUUCAACAUAUUUUAUGAGGUGUUCACCGUGUGCACGUCUCUGGUUGCAGAGGAUGUCAAUGGCAAUCUCAUCCAUGCAAGGAACCUGGACUUUGGUCUUUUCAUGGGAUGGGAUUUGAAGAACAGGUCGUGGAUCAUCACUGAGAAGCUGAAGCCACUGGUUGUUAACAUUGACUUCAGACGCAACAACCUGACUGUCUUUAAAUCUACUAACUUUGCAGGAUACGUGGGCAUGCUGACCGGGAUUCAUCCACACUCAUUCACCCUCACUAUGAAUGAACGCUUCACUCUGGAUGGAGGCUACAUCGGGAUUCUGGAGUGGAUCUUGGGGAAGAGAGACGGCAUGUGGAUGAGUUUUUUGACUCGUUCUGUGCUGGAGAAUGCAACUAGCUACGAAAGUGCCAAGGCUCUUUUGACUGACACGAAGCUGCUGGCUCCAGCGUACUUCAUCCUCGGAGGAAACCAGCCGGGUCAAGCCUGUAUUAUCACCAGAUCCAGAACACACAGCAUCAGUCCACUGGAGCUUGAUGUGAAGAAUGGCAGGUGGUAUGUUUUGGAGACGAACUAUGACCACUGGAAAGAGCCUCUGUUUCUGGAUGACCGCAGAACUCCUGCUAUGAAAUGCAUGAAUCAGACCACACAGGCUGAUAUCUCCAUAAAGACAGUCUAUGAUGUGCUGUCCACCAAGCCAGUCUUAAAUAAAUUGACCACAUACACUACUCUUAUGGAGGUGUCUAAGGGAACAUUGGAGUCUUAUAUCCGUGACUGUCCUAACCCCUGCAUGCCGUGGUGAGGGACUCCACCUGGACAAGCUGCAUUACCGUGACAGUCUUCUGUAAUUAAUAUUUUAGCGGUUUAAAAUUGUUAAUCUUACAUUUAAAAAGGUUUGCAGUAUCUGCUUUUGAAAUUAACGUGGGCAUUGUUGGGUUUAAUCAAGAUUAACCUGUCAAACAGGUACAGUAGGGCAGCCUACUUAACACUUGUCUAAAGAUGCAUGUAUUGAAACAAAAAUAACUGCACUGAGAGUUUACAUUAUGUAAGACAGAUUAUAGAAAAUAUUUUUUUCAGUCAAAUAUUUGUGAAUGUGACUGACAUGUUUGUGUUGUUUUUUAUUUUAAUUUUUUGUAACCACACAGAAAUGUGCACAGUGGAACAACUUGAUAAUUAACCUCAUCAGCCCUGUUAACUAACAAAUGGAUGAGGGGAAAAAGAUCAACCAAAAGAAACAAAUGUACAUAAGUUGUACUCUUAAGCAGUAGACAACUUUACACAACUAACAUCAAUAAAUCAUGGAGAUACAGUA